CUAUUUGUACUAUUUAUUAACUAUACAUACCAUAAAUAUCUUCGUAGCAAGUCCCUGUCACCUGUAUGAUGCUUAGGUGACUCCUACGUUUCAACACAAAAUUCAACUCACAUUAGUUCCGGUUACCGAACUUGACAUAUGUAUAUACGUAUGUGGGAUUAUUUGCGUCUAGAACUUUGCUGCUAUAAAAGCUGGAAUCCUUUUCGUUAUUAUCACAGUUUCUCAGUGUCUCAACCUUGCCACAUCUAAAAAUCUUUACAUACAAACCAUGAGAGGUCUAGUAUAUUUCAUUGUUUUCUUCUUCGGUGUACUGUAUCUGGCUACGUGUCAAGACAACUUCGGCCAGGUGUACUGCGGACGACGGCUGGCGUCGGCGCUGGCGUUGGUGUGCGAGGACUCGCCGCAGAUGGUGCUGUUGAAAAGAUCGGGGGCAGAGCCCUGGCUGCAAGGGACGUGGCCCUGGCUGUCGGCGCAACGCGCUCGUUCGCUCACCAGGACCAAGCGGCAGGUGGUCGCUGAAUGCUGCGACAAGCCAUGCACCAUUGACGAACUAAUGUCCUACUGCUAGUAUUAGAUGAUUUCUACCUGUGGA